UCCAUCAGUGCCAGCAACCGGACACGGAGACUCGGUCGGAUCCCUGCAGGCGGCUCCGUUUCCUCCAGGCAGGAAUUUUGCUCUGCCAUCGCCCCGGACGGGGAAGGGGAGGGACUCCAGGCCUGGAGCAGCAGGGAGGAGGAAGGCUCACAGCAGAAGUUCUGCCUCGGUUCUGUGUUGAUCGUCAUCUCUGCCGGAGACGGACACAGGGCCAGGCUGGGGGCAGAGGGUGGCAACCAGAGCAGGGGGGGCUUCAUUUCUGGAGCAAAUGACGAGAAGAUUCCUGUGUGCUUUCUGCAGCUUCGGGGAAGGUUUGCCAGCAUGCAGCAGCAAGGCGGGGAAAGGAAAGAAGGAAAGCCAGAGCCACCAGCAGUGAAGGCAGAUGGGAGCCAAGGCACGGACCGAAGGUGGGCAUGGGCAGCGGUGCUGCACUUCUUCCUGGUCAAUGUGUUCGUGAUGGGAAUGCUCAAAACCUUUGGCAUUUUCUUCGUGGCUUUCCAGGAGGAUGUGGGGGGCUCCUCAGAGCAGAUCAGCUGGAUCGGCUCCAUCAUGUCCUCACUGCGCUUCCUAGGAGCCCCACUGGUGGCCGUGGUCUGCAGGCGGAUCGGUGAGCGGCCGACCUCCAUCCUCGGGGCUGGGCUGGUCAGUGGGGGCUGCCUGCUCAGCACACAGGCCACCAGUGUCCCCUUCCUUUGUGUCUCCAUGGGACUCCUGCUGGGCAUGGGGUUCUGCUGCCUAUACCAGGCAGCAGCAGUGAUGACGGCCAAGCGCUGCAGGACCCGGCUGGCUUUCUCCAAUGCCAUUGCACGCUCAGGGAUGGGCCUCACCUUCCUGACUGCACCCUUCACGCAGCUGCUCAUCGAUACCUAUGGCUGGCAGGGUACUCUCCUGGUUUUCAGUGGCAUCAUGCUGAACCUCGUGCCUUCCAGCAUGCUGCUGCGCCCCGUCCCCACCCAGCUGCCUCCCUGCCCCCCAGCCAGCAAUGAGGACGGGAGCUCAGUGCCCAAAGGAGAAGCAGGAGCCCUUGAGGAAGCCACUGAUGGAGCAGCACAGCCAUGCAGUACUCAGGACCUUCCCAGCACAGAGCCCUGCAGCACUGGUGCAGUAACCACAGCAGCACCAGGGAAAGCCCCCACUGCCAGCUGCUGCUCUGAAACCAUCAGCGAGGCCACAAAGAGCUGCAGCUCCCUCCCGGCGCUCAAAGAGGAGAAACCACAGCCUCUCAUUGACUUCUCCCCCCUAAAGGAUCCCCUCUUCUUCAUUUUCACCUGGUCCUUCUUGUUCAGCCACCUGGCCUACUUCGUGCCCACCAUCCACCUGGUAGCCAGAGCCAGGACGUUGGGCAUAAGCAGCAUGGAUGCCUCCUACUUCAUCUCAGUGGCCGGCAUCACCGAGACAGGCAGCCAGCUGCUGUCAGGCUGGAUUGCAGACCAGAACUGGACCAAGAAGUACCAUUACCACGCAGCUUACCUGGUGCUCUGUGGUGUCACCAACCUGCUCUGCCCCCUGGCCACCACCUUCCCUCUGCUCAUGACCUACGCUGUGGCCUUCGCCAUCUUCUGCGGUGGAUUCCUGGCUCUGGUGCUCCCUGUGCUGGUCGACCUGGUCGGCGUGCAAAAACUCCACAGCUAUUUGGGCUUUGCUUCCUUCUUUGCUGGGAUAGCAGCUGUUGGCGGACCUCCUCUCGCAGUGAUCCAUAGCCCAAGCUGGAGAAGAUCUCUUCUGCUGAUACAAGAUGUACGUCCAGCAGAAAGCAAUACCUGCAAAACCAGCGCAGGAAAUUUCCUGACAGAAUAACAUACGGUGUGAAAAGAGCUAAGUAAGUUGGCUCUCCUUCACCCAUGCAUCAUGCAGUGGUUAUGCUUUCCCUCUGCUUCCAAUCUAUUUUCGCUAAUUGGAAGCCUUCUGCUUCCUGACGAUGCGAGGAUGGGUCUGGGUUUUGUAAAGCAAGCAGGCUUUCGGUGAGAAGCCCCAUACAGAGAUCAGCCUUCUCCAUCCAGAUGGGAUAAAUCGAGGCCCAACAAAGCCAAGGAGUCGCACUGAUCCACCUCACUGCAAGGAGGGCGAGAGGGAAAUGAGUCACAGCUCGGAUCCAGGUUUGUGGCACACCACAGUUUUCCUUUUGCUGUAGUUUUCUCUUCCUAUGCUUUCUACUGCAAUGCUCUGACACUGCCAUAGGAAACAUGAAAACCAGUUGGGACUACCUGCUAACUCCCUGUUUCCAACAGCAGCUGCUCCUUGCAGAACACACAACAGGACUGAAGUGCUAAGAAAGACCUUGGGGGUUUCAGUGCAUCCCACUGCUGCUGACCUCCCUGAAAUGCUGACCCCAAAAGCCCAGCUUGCAUCGUUUUUGCAGUGGAAGCCACAACAUGAGGGAGACACAGGUUAUAAAUGCUUAUUGUGCACAGCAGAGCAAAGCCUGAUCACAGUGCAAUGAAGAGGUGACUUACGUG